AUGCCAACACCAGAGAAUCUUUUGACUGAAUCGAACAAGCUAAUCAAAGUCAAUGUAUUAAACUAUGAAUUCUAUUGGAAACUAUAUCUCUAUCAUCAAAAGACUGGAUUCUGUGCAAAAGCACUUGGAAUGGCCUAUAUGGCAAAUGAUUUCAUUUGUGACGAUAUGGUAUCACUCAUUGCAUUGCUCUGUGACCUAACUGCUUGUUCAACAACCACACCAUCAAUUGAUAAAGAUACUUGGGGUGGAGUAUCGAAAUUCAUUGACCCAUCAAUAUUAUCAAACUAUAUCAAUCCAAACAAUAACAAUGUUCAUUGUUGUAUAGAAAAUGAAUCAAAAUUAGAAAGCGAUCAAGAUGUUCAUCAAUUAUAUAAAGCACACUACCAACAUAUAGUUGAUAAAUUGGAUAUUAAACAAAGCGAUAAUGUUUUAAUAAUUGAAUCUGGAUCAAUCGAGCUGUUGAAUAUUAUCGGAGAAACUGGAUGUCGUUUAGAUGUAUUGACAAAGAAACCACAUCAGUUUAGAUCACUAAAACAACAUAUUCAGAAUCAACAAAACAUUAACAUCAAGUUCAUUAAUCAAGACGAAAGUUAUUAUGGCCAAGAAAAGAGUUAUGAUAAAAUUAUUUGUAUUGAAAUCGAUGAACGAGAGAAUGAUCAAGAUCUCUUUGAAUUCUGCCAAACGAAUCUUCAAUUGAAUGGACUAGCAUAUAUCCAGGCAAUUACGGGACCUUUCCACCCAUAUCACGAAAGAGACUAUAAACCACAGCUCCAACCUACCUACUGGCAAAGCUACUAUUUGAAAAAGUCAAAUAUCGAAAGUAAAUACUGGGGUAUGAUUGCAAAGUUCACCCAUAAUCCAUUCCAACUGGAAUCAAGAUAUCUCAGUGUUGUAGACGCCAUUGGUUCACCCAAAGGUUUCAUAAAUGGUCAUAUAGCCAGUUCCAACAACAACAACAAUAGAAACAUUCCAAAUCUAUCAAAUGAUAUUGUUAAAUUACUAUCGAAUCAAAAUCAACUACAACUUUUGGAGAUGAACAAUAUCGGUGAUAGCUAUCCAUCGAUUUUAGAAUACAAUUUGAUUAAAUUGGGAUCAAUGAAAUCAAGACUUGUAAAAGAUCUCCAAGAGGAAGCAAUGAAGAAUGGAUGUGAUCUAAAGAUGAAUGAAGCAGAUCUAUUGGAAAUCUAUAGAACCAUUCAAUUCCAUUAUUACUAUUUAAUUGCAUCAUUCAAAACAGUUUGGUCAGUUACCAAAGUUUUAUUAACUAAAAAAUAA